AUGGAUACAUUUCAAACUGCCGUGAAACUUAUCCGACCUGGAUGUUUCAUGGCAUCAAUUGACCUUAAGGAUGCCUACUAUUCCAUACCAGUUGCGGAUGAGGAUAGGAAAUUCCUUAUGUUCGAAUGGCAAGGAACCUUUUACCAAUUCACUUGUCUCCCUAAUGGACUUUCUUGUGCCCCUGGGGUUUUUACAAAAAUCUUAAAGCCUGUGUACUCUCAUUUGAGAGGUUUAAGACACACUUGUAUGGGUCACAUUGAUGAUUCCUUAUUGUUAGGCUACGACCGUGAAGCUUGUAAAAACAAUAUUGAAGAUUCUACAAACUUGUUCCAACAAUUGGGGUUUGUCAUACACCCUGAGAAAUCAGUUUUGCAUCCAGUACAAGCUAUUGAAUUCCUAGGAUUUGUGAUUAAUAGCCUGUCUAUGACAGUGAGGCUUAUACCUAGGAAAAUCACCAAGGUCAAAUCCUUUUGCAAUAGCUUAUUAAAUAAACAUAAACCUACUAUAGGGGAGGUUGCUCAGGUAAUAGGCCUGCUGGUCUCCAGUCUCCCAGCAAUACAGUUCGGGCCUCUGCAUUAUAGAAACCUAGAAGGGGUUAAAAUUUUGGCGCUACUUGCCAACAAAGGCAACUUUGAUUCACCUAUGACCCUUUCCCACCAGUCUAAUUUAGAGCUUGUGUGGUGGGUGAAUAAUAUUGACUCUGCUUUUAAACCAAUUUUGCAGGGCACUCCUGCAGUAAUUCUUACUACCGAUGCUUCCACCCUUGGUUUGGGUGCUGUUUUGGGUGAUACCAGAACAGGUGGUCCAUGGGGCCAGACAGAACAGCAAUACCACAUCAAUUGUUUAGAGAUGCGGGCUGUUUUACUGGGGUUAAGAUCCCUCUGCAAACAUGUUUCCAAACAGCAUGUUAGAGUUCAAUGUGAUAAUACUACAGCAAUUGCCUACAUCAAUGCAAUGGGGGGCAUAAAAUCUAAGGAAUGUGACAAUUUGGCAAAACAGAUUUGGGAAUGGUAUUUAGCCCAAGAUGUAUGGCUUAGUGCAUGUCACAUCCCAGGGUCCCAGAAUGUGGAGGCAGAUGCAGUAUCAAGGGUAUUUAACCUCUCAACCGAGUGGUCUCUUUCCCUCCCGGUGUUUGCAGACAUUGCAAGGAGAUGGGGAAGCUUUGAUAUAGACUUAUUUGCUUCACGGCUUAACUAUAAAGUACCUUGCUAUGUCUCUUGGUGACCUGACCCUGAUGCCAAAUUUAUUGAUGCUUUUUAUAUGGAUUGGGGACCAUAUUUAUUUUAUGCUUUCCCACCUUUCAGUAUGAUAGCAACAUGCCUCCAGAAAAAAAACACAAGACAAAGCAACAGGAGUGUUAAUCGUACCCAUCUGGACAACGCAACCCUGGUUCACAGGGAUACUGAACUUGCUCAUGGACAAACCGCUCAUUCUUCCUCAAUCAAACACACUGCUGACACAACCCCACAAUGGGGAUCUUCACCCACUGCGACAUCAGCUACGUCUAAUGGCUUGCAAAGUCUCUGGCAAAGCUUCCAACAUAGAGGAAUUUCAAAUGAUGCUACUGCCAUCAUCCUCCAGUCAUGGUCUGCUGGUACCCAGAAACAAUACCAACCGUACAUUGCCAAGUGGCACCGAUUUUGUGCUGAACGGGAGAUUAAUCCCUACAAUCCACCUUUGAACAUUGUGCUAGACUUUUUGGUACACCUUCAUAACCACGAUCUUGAAUACACAACAAUAAACACAGCCAGAAGUGCAAUUUCAGCCAUUAUACUACCUCAAGGGACCACUACCAUAGGAAGCCAUCCGAUUAUCUCAUGAUUCAUGAAAGGCAUCUACCGGUCCAAGGCCAAAGUAUCAAAUUACUUGGGAUGUACAACCAGUACUAACAUAUCUAUCUUCUCUUGGAACUGCUAACAACCUGGAUGUCAAGACCCUUUCAUUGAAAUUGCUUAUGUUGGUUGCUCUGGUUUCUGCCCAAAGAGGGCAAAGCCUACACAUGCUUGAUAUAACUCUUAUGAAACAGGAUGAAUCCUCAUUCGAGUUUUUGUUACCAGAACUUGUGAAGCAAAGUCGACCAGGGUACACCCCCCCCCCCCUUCAAUUGUUCUGCAUGCCUUUCCUGCUGAUGAAUCAUUGUGUGUUUUUAAUCAUGUGCGAACAUACAUAAAUCAAACGAAACCACUUAGAGGGAACGAAACAAAACUUUUCAUCAGCUAUAUGAAACCACAUAAUCGAAUUUCGAGAGACACUAUAUCUAGAUGGAUACGUCAAACUAUGACAAAUGCUGGAGUCGAUGCUCAGAUUUUUAAACCGCACAGUACCAGAGCUGCUGCGACUUCAAAGGCUAAAGAAGCCUCGGUUCCUAUUCAGGAUAUCCUCAAUAAGGCAGGGUGGUCCUCGUCGCAAACUUUUGAUAAGUUUUAUCACAAACACAUUGUCAGCAAUGAACAAACAUUUGCUACCGCUGUUCUGAGCUCUAAAUGA